AUGCAAUCAUUAACAAUUUGUGCCCGAUUAAUGGCGAGAGCCAUUUGUGGUACAGAAGCUGAAAGUGUUCUUUAUCAUAGUAUAUUACGUUUAUCCACUCAAUCAUCGUUACAUUAUAUUCAACCACAACGAAUUGCCUCAUUACCGGGUAUUAAACGUGGUUGUGUUCAUCUAGUCACAGCAUCAUCCGGUUAUUCAGGACAUCAUAAAACAGAUACAACAAUAAUAAAUGAAUCAACAAAAGAUUUAAAAUGUUUGGAUGUCUAUGGUGAUGAUGCAUUUUUCAUUACAAAGCAUCGUAUUGGUGAUUUUUUAGGCGUUGCUGAUGGUGUAGGCGGAUGGAGAGAACAUGGAAUUGAUCCAUCCAUAUUUUCUAGUUCAUUAAUGGAUGCCUGCAAAACAUUAAUUGAUAAAAAAUUAAUUGAUUUAGGACCAUUAACAUUGAAAGAACUUCUAUCAAUGGGCUACAAACAACUUCUUGAAAAUAAACAAUGUAUUGUCGGAAGUAGUACAGCUUGUAUUGUUGCAUUACAUAAAGAAAAAAGUAUCUUACAUACAGCCAAUUUGGGUGAUAGUGGUUUUGUUAUUAUACGUAAAAAUCAAAUUGUCCAUCGUUCACAAGAACAACAACAUUAUUUCAAUUCUCCAUUUCAAUUAGCUAUUCAUCCCACAUUAUCAGAUCCUUUAUUGAUAGCUGACAGUCCGGAUUUGGCAUCUGUUAGUUCAUUUGAUGUUAAAGAAAAUGACUUUAUUCUUGUUGGUACAGAUGGUGUAUGGGAUAAUUUGCCUGAUACAGCAAUAUUGAAUGAAAUUAUAAAAAUCAAAGUAAGUCAUAUUCGAACAAUUGUAUCGUGA